AUGCCCUCCGAUGUCGUUUCGGCCGCGAUAGGUGGCCUAAUCGAACGCGCGCACGAGCGAAACUGCACGAGAGUAGUAGAACCUACUAGCCAGAAAACGUGGUCGAGUCUUUACGAGUGUAGCAAGACGACCGAUUUCGUGCACGCGACCAAUCUUACGGGGAAGUGUUACGAGAGCAGAAAAGGGUCGGGACGAAGGUGAGUGAGGAAACGAUCGAUCGAAAGUCGCGUUGGUUGGCCAAGUGAAAGGACGUCGGGAGAUCAGGAUCGUGGCAACUUAUCGUCCCUUUCCCUUUGAACCGGUCAGAUAGUUACUUCCGAUUCCUUGAUCCUUUGCCGCUACGAGCCAAACUGUUGUCCUUUCGUUUCACUUCGAUCUCGAUGUGACUGUCUCGCCGUUAACGCCUCGUGUUUGCCGUUUCUAUUUGCUCGAGGAAACUCGCGGGGAAUUGUAGAAUCGCGUGGCAGGCUUGUUUUCGCAACUGGUUUCCGACUAAUCGAAUCAUUUUGAUUUUAUACGAAGCAGCAUGGAUCCGAAACUUUGUAACGUUUCGGAAUAUAUCGUUGAUAGUGGUGUAAUAAGAUAUAUAUGUAUAUAUAUAACGAUUAAUUUUAUUUAAAUUUAAUCAAUCUUUAUUAGAAUGAUUAAAUAAUUAUCCUCCAUUUAAUCACAUAUUUAAUGAAAUUCCAUCAUUAUUAUUUAUAAAUAAAAUUAAAAAUAUUUUUAAUAAAUAAUUUAAUAUGGCAGAUUAGUGCUUUAGAAUUUAAGCUUCAAAUAUAUAAAAUUUAAAUUUUUAUUAAAAAUUUCAACGUGAUAUAUAUUUCAAGAUUCAAAUUCUUUAUAUUCAGAUAAUUCAAUUUCACUUCAUAAUUUUGUUAUAAUGUUUAUUAUAACAAUUAUUUCAUUAACAUUAUUUUUUUAUUAUUGACUUUAUAACAAAUAAAUAUUUAAAUUUAAAUUUAUUAAAAAAUCAUACAAUUGAAAUUAUUUGAACUGUAACAACUAUAUUUAUUUUAUUAAUAAUUUGUUAUCUAUCUUUAAAAAUUUUAUAUUUUAUUGAUGAAAUAUUCAAUCCUUAUUUUUCAGUUAAAGCUAUUGGACAUCAAUGAUAUUGAUCAUAUAUAUAUAAUAGUAAGAUAUCAUAUAUAUGUAAAAUCUUGGGAAAUUUAGGAAUGGCCCCUUAUGAGAAAAAAUUAGGGACGGCUUAUUUAAUUAAUAUAUAUUUUUAAUAAUUUUUUGAAGAUUUCGAAGUUUCGACUAAGCCAUGCUUAA